AUGUGUCUUCCCACCAGUCCUGUUGCCGGCUACAGCAUGCGUCCUUCCACCAGUCCUGUUGCUGGCUACACCACAUGUCCUGCCAUCAGUCCUGUUGCCGGCUACAGCACGCGUCCUGCCAUGAGUCCUGUUGCCAGCCACAGCACACGUCCUGCUGAGAGUCCUGUUGCCAGCUACAGCAUACUUCCUGCCACCAGACCUGUUGCUGACUACAUCAUGCGUCCUGCCACCAGACCUCUUGUUGGCUACAGCAAAUUUCCUUCCACCGGUCCUGUUGCCGGCUACAGAAUGCGUCCUGCCACCAGUCCUGUUGCCGGCUACAACACAUGUCCUGCCACUGGUCCUGUUGCCAGUUACAGCACGUGUCCUUCCACCAGUCCUGUUGUCAACUACAGCUUGUGUCUUGCCACCAGUAUUGUUGCCGGCUACAACACAUGUCCUGCCACCAGUUCUGUUGCCGGAUACAGCACGCGUCCUGCCACCAGUCCUGUUGCUGGCUACAGCACACGUCCUGCUACCAGACCUGUUGCUGGCUACAUCAUGCGUCCUGCCACCAGACCUCUUGCUGGCUACAGCACAUGUCCUCCCACCGGUCCUGUUGCCAGCUGGAGCAUGCGUCCUUCCAUCAGUCCUGUUGCCGGCUACACCACAUGUCCUGCCAUCAGUCCUGUUGCCGGCUACAGCACACGUCCUGUCACUGCUCCUUUUGCUGGCUACACCACAUGUCCUGCCACUUGUCCGGUUGCUUGUUACAACACGCAUCCUGCCAUCAGUCCUGUUACUGACUACAAUAUGAUACUUGUCGCAUGA